CUUCUACCCUUAGUGGUAUCUAGCCAGUCUAUUAGUGGUCCAAGCUCCCCUAGUCUGCAUGUAGUUAGCCCUCAGAGCAGUUCUGAUUCCAAGUCAACAGAUGCUGCUGCAUCUCCAUGCACUCAGGGCAGUGUCUCUUACAGUAGCUUUUCUAGCCAGGCUCAAGGCUCUGCCACUUCUCAGGGCAGCUCUGGGGCUGAGUUGUCGGCAAGUUCUGCCCAAUCUGUACCCACUCAAGAAGGGAGUAACCAUUACAGUGGUGUGUCCCAGUCUCUCACUGCCUCUAGUCUGUAUACCGCAGGAUCCCUGCUGUCUAAUAGGCUUGCAGCUUUACCCCUGGGGGCUUCUAGCCAUUCAACAAGUCCUCAAAGUUCACCUAGUGUGUCUACGUCAAGCACCCAGAGUAGGUCUGGCACUCAAUUAGCAACUUCUAGUCGCUAUGUCCCUAUACAGGGGGGUAGUAGCUCUACUAGUUUUUCUCUCAAGCCUCCGGGCACUCUGGUUCAGUAUGCUCCUGCAUCCCCUACCAAAUAUGGAAGCACUCCCACGUCUUCACCCCAAGCUAGUUAUAGCCAGACCACAAGUAGUGGAUCUUCGUAUAGACCGGUUUCACAAGUUGGUUCUCUAGCUCAAACUGGAGCUUCUGAUCGGUUUACAUCUCCGGGAGGGAACUAUUACAGUGGGUUGCUUCCACAGUCUCAAGCUACCUCUAGUCUGCAUGCUCUUGGCUACUACAUGCUUAUUUCCUCACCCCAAAAGAGUUCCAGUCAGUCUGCCAGUGUCUUGAGUUCCCGUAAGCAAUAUGGUUCUGCCUCUCAGGGCAGUUCUGGGGCUCAGUUUGGGGCCUCUACUGGUUUUGGCUCGCAGGGAAUGAGCACCACUUGCAGUGGUUCUGUCCAGUCUCAAGGUACCACGGGUCAGUUUGCCACUGGCUCUCCAUCUCCAUAUGAUAGGUUAUAUUGCAAGUGUGCGCUGUCACCCCAAGGUGUAGAUGGUCAGUCUCCUACUGUUCAGAGUUCACAUAAGCACUUCACCUCUAGCUAUGGCACCCAGUCAGGGUCUUCUACUACCUUCACCCUGCAAGGAAGUAUUGCCUGAUGGGUCACUACAGCCUCAAGGUACUGCAAGUCAAUUUGCCCCUUUGUCGUCUCACUCUUAUCCAAGUGUAUCAUACCUAUCCCAAGAUGUUGUCAGUCUACUACAGUUCAGGCUUCUCGGAAGCAGUUUGCUUCUACUUGCAUAGGCAGCUCUGGCACCCAUGGAGGAUCAACUGCUCCCUUCACCCUGCAGGGAGGCACUACUAAUGGUGGAUCACCACAAGAUGCCGCAAGUCAAUUUGCCCCUGGAUCUAAAUCCUCCUAUGCAAGUGCAUCACUGUCCUCACCCCAAGCUGGUCCAUCUACUACUGUUCAGGGUUCUCUGAAGCAGCUUACCUCUACCUUCACAGGCAGCUCUGGCACCCAGGGAGGAUCAUCUGCUCCCUUCACCCUGCUGGGAAGCACUGCUUCUGGUGGAUCAUCUCAGCCUCAAGAUACUGCUAGUCUGUUUAUCCCUGGGUCUUCAUCCCCAUAUGCAAGUGUGUCAUUGUCCUCAUCCCAAGGUGUUGCUAGUCAGUCCAGCCAAUCAUAUCAAGACUAUUCUGUGUCCCAAAGCCAGAAGUCUCAAAGAUGGCAGCCUUUAGUCACUCGUUGGACACAAGGCAUUCGGACCUCAGAUGCUGCUGCUUCUCAGGGUAGCUCUUCAUCUCAAAGCUCUCCAAUGCAGUCAUCUUCCCUGUCAUCUGCAGGGGGCUCAUCAAGAGUUUCUGGCCCAUUUGUUUCUGCACAGAGUAGUAGCACCAGUUACGAUGGCUCUUUCACAUCUCAAAGACUCUCUACCAAGUAUACCCCUGGGUCCCAGCUCUUGCCCUAUGAUCCAAGUGUUGCUGGUCAAGGUACAUCCAGUGCUUUAGCUUCUGAGGUCUUGAGUAGCUACAGUUCAAAGAACAACCAGAAUGCUCCUGCUCCAUCCCGCAGCUCUUCCUCAAACAGCUUCUCUGUCAAGGGCUGAAAGACUCCCGUAAACUGCUGCAUGAUGCAAAUGUCUUUCAGAAUUCAAACUCCAAUAAGUGCUCUAAAUUUCCCCCUUGUUAAGUGUUGUAAUACUUGCUGGUUUAUUUACUGUAACUGCUUUUAAACCGUACAUGGCACCCUUUAACAAACUUUUGACAAUGGGCUUCACGUUUUCAUAGAAUCCUUCAAAGAGCAAAAACUCAGUUCUUAAUUGUUUGCAGUGUAUUCAAAUAAAAGGAUUACGUGCUGAGAUACUAGCAGUCUUUUUCUUUUUUUUUUUUUUUUUUUUAGUUCCUUGCGUAACACACUUGAAUCUACUCAGUUAAAUUAGUGAAUCUGAGACAAACCAUUUACUUCGGUGGUAGUUCAUAAAUAUUCGGAGGAUAUACAAGAUCAGACAACACAAGUCAAAGUCUCCAUACAGUCAAUCAUAAUAUA